GAUCUGACCAAUUUUCAUGCAGGUUCGUCUUCUGGUGAGGUGAGGUUGAGCAAUGUCACUGCAAGAAGUUUGCAGGGGAAGGGAAUGACAACAAAACAAAUUUCUGAAAAUACGAUGGUUCGAUGUAGCAUUUACCAAGAGGGUAGACCAGUAUGCUCAUCUGAGUUUUUUGAUGCUGGAGUUGUGGAAGUUGAUUCAGCUGUCCGAGAUGAAAGUCUUGAUCUUGGUCGUAAUAGGGAUGAUUGCAAUGAAAGAAAUGAUAUUUCCAAGAUGUUUGAAUCUAUAACUCUUGAAUCAUCUGUCAGUGAUAGCAGUUUUCUAGCUGCAACUCCUGGAAGCGUUGUAUGGGCGAGGACAGAGUGUCAAUUGUGGUGGCCUGCUGAGAUCAUGGAAGAAACUUCUGCGUUAUCCAAACCUGGUAGUGAUGGGCAUGUUUUAGUGCAUUUUUAUGGAAAUCUUUCCAGUGCCUGGAUUGAUCCAAUGACAGAUAUUUCAACUUUUGAGGAGUCGUUUGAAGCAAGGAGCAAUAACCCUUCAGAAGAUUUUCAACAGGCUUUAAAGCAAGCAUUGCAGAAGAAGGCACAGCUUAGUUCUUGCCAAAAGUUGACGGCUGAUAGUUCUCCUCAAUCUGAUAUGCAAGAACGUCCAUUUGAUAACUGCCCUUCUAGAACGACAAGCAAAACAAGUGAUGAUUUUCAAGAGAGACGAAGAGGGAAAAGGGAACGUAAACCCAAAGUUCACUUUGAUGAGGUUACAUAUCCAGUGAAAUCAGAAAGAAAGCUUCGUCGGUUAAAGAUAAUGCGGUACCUCGGCCUUGCAGCACCAAUCGGUUCUCCCUUUUGAAUUUUGACCGCGAUUACGAGUAAUGCAUAUUUCAAAUGUUUGCAGCCAAAUUUCCUUUCUUUAACUAUAAAUUAUCAUGAAAUAUGCAUAUUAAAAAAUCUUUUUUUAUUUGCCAUUAGUUCUGUAAAUUUUGUAGGACCAUGUAGUCUCAUAUUACAUUAUUAUAUGUAAAAACCAUAUCAGAAUUUAAUGGAAUAACAGAUUAGUUCUCCAAUAAAAUCUCCAUUUUCCAUUUGUUUAGU